AUGCCUCAUAGCACACGUCAUUGCAGAAAGUUUUUAAAUUUGGAUGUUAAAACUCGUACAGAUGUCGUGAAAAAACAUUCAAUUUGCUCUAACUGCUUAGGCUAUGAUCAUCAUGCUUCAGUGUGCAGCAGCACAAAUCGAUGCUACAAGUGCGGACUCAAGCAUCAUACCUUAUUACAUAUUGAGUCUCAAAAUAAUUAUCAACCAACUAAAUCAUUAAACACAUACCAAGCAAAUGCAUCUCAGUCGAAACAAAAUGUACAAUCUUCAAAUAAUGAACCUCAACCACACUGCUCUAAUACAGAGCCAAUAAACUAUAAAACGCAUUUAAAUCAAAUGCAAUCACAAUCCUUAUUGGCUACUGCCCUUGUUAAAGUUUUCAAACCAAAUGGAGCUCAACUUAUUUUAAGGGCUCUUAUAGACCCAGGAUCUCAAGCUACAUUCAUAACCGAAGAUGCAGCUCAGAUCUUAAAACUUAAAAAACAUAAAACACAUGCGAUUGUUAAAGGACUAGGAAAUACUGAAACUGGUACAUCAAAAUAUGAAGUCAAUUUUAAGUUAUUCUCAGUACAUGAUUCUGAUUUCUCUGUAGAUGUUAGGGCUCUAGUAUUCAAUAACUUAACCACUACAUUGCCCACUCAGAAAUUUGAUGGAUCUAACUUCAAUCAUGUAUCAAACCUGUUACUUGCUGAUCCAACUUACAAUACACCCCGAAAGGUUGAUAUUUUGAUAGGUGCCGAUGUGUAUUCGACAAUAAUUUUGGAUGGCGUAGUCAAGGGAAGUACAGGAACACCUGUAGCCCAGUUGACCGAAUUAGGGUGGAUCUUAACUGGAAACAUUCACACACAAAAAAUUCCAAUAACUAUCCAAAGUCAUCAUACACAAUUGGAUGUCCAACUUACUAAGUUUUGGGAAAUUGAAGAAAAUCUUGAUGAGAGAAAAUGGACUGAAGAUGAGAAUAUGUGCGAAAAACAUUUUAAAGACACAUGCAAGAGAAGAUUAGAUGGUAGAUAUGAGGUACACCUUCCAUUCAAAAACAACAAAAGGCCAGUCUUAGGUAAUUCCAAACGAGCUGCAUUAGCAAGAUUUCUACAAAUUGAAAAACGAAUGAAAACAGAUAGUAACUUUAAAAAACUUUAUGUAGAUUGCAUGAAUGAGUACCUUACCUUAGGUCACAUGAAAGAAGUGAAAGUUGAGGAUGAACUAGGUCCAAACUAUUUUUAUUAUCUUCCACAUCAUGCGGUUCUGAAAGAAUCAAGUACUACAACCAAACUACGGGUAGUAUUUGAUGGUUCUUGCAAAUCAUCAAAUGGACUUUCAUUAAAUGAAUGUCUUAUGGUAGGCCCACGCCUCCAACUCGAUAUAAUUGAUCUGGUGGCAAGAUGGAGAAAAUUCAAAAUUGCUCUUGUUGCAGAUAUAAGCAAAAUGUAUCGUCAAAUUUGGGUGGCUCAAGAAGACACACCAUAUCAAAUGAUCUUAUGGAGAUCAUCCCCAAAUGAAUCCAUAAAAUGUUAUUGUUUAAAUACAGUUACCUUUGGAACUGCUUCUGCUCCCUUCUUAGCUGUACGAACAUUACAAAGGUUAGCUGAAGAUAUUGAACAUAAUUAUCCUCAUGUAGCAAAGGCAAUCAUGGAUGGUUUUUUUGUCGAUGAUCUUAUAUAUGGAUCAGAUAAUGAAGUUGAAGCCAUUAGAUUGCAAAAGGAUAUCGUUUCAAAUUUACAAGCAGCAGGGUUUCCUCUCAGAAAAUGGGCAAGCAACUCACAAAGAGUUAUGGAGGGAAUUCCUGAAAAUUAUAGAGAGAUUAAUCUUCCUCUUGAUUUAAAAUCAACAGAUGCCAUAAAAACAUUGGGGAUUCAAUGGCAUCCUAGUAUGGACUACUUUAGCUUUAAAAUAAACUUACCUGAAACUUCAAAAUUAUCAAAGCGAUCAGUUCUAGCCGAUAUCGCUCGCCUGUUCGAUCCAUUGGGAUUGAUUUCUCCUUGCAUUGUCAAGGCAAAACUUAUACUCCAACAACUUUGGACUAGAAAUUGGCUUGGGAUACACCUUUACCACAAGAUAUAG